CUUUUUAUGCUGCGUUGUUUUUUUUUUUUCUUUUAUUUUUUUUUCCUUUUUGGCAUAAAGCUCCACGCCCCGACGGCUGUCGAUGCUCGUGUUGUUGUUGUUUGCUGACAGUGCAGCAGCUAUAACAACAACAACAACAACCGUAAACAACAACAAGCGCAGCAAGAACGACAACAACAACAGCAACUGAUAGAGACAUUACAACAAAUUGUAGAACAGCAUCAACUAAUAAACAUCAUUUAAAUGGAUAAUCUGUGAGGCUUACGGCAUUUCAUUAAAAUGGAUUUACGCCAAUGCCGUUGCACUGAGCUGCAUUUGUGCAUGGGAUUAUCGAUUGUAAUGCGCAGUCAUCAAACAAUACAACAACAUCAACAAAGCCGCCGCAACACCAACAACAACAAACAUUGAGUUUUGGCCUAGCCGACAAAGCAACAAAAAAAAAAUAAAAAAAACAAAACGAAUAGAAAAGAAGAGCAGAAAAGCAGAGUUCUUGUGUGUCUUAUGAAACAAUUGAAGAGCCGGGCCAAGCCAUCAACAGCAACAGCAGCAGCAGCAGCAGCAGAGGCAGCAGCAACACAAUACUAUCAACAGCAACAACAACGACAACAAUAGCAACAACAACAGCCAGAAAAUCGCAUCACAUUUUUGAACGGCAUACGCAAAAGAUAUGACAAGUGAUGGUGCUGUUACGUUUUGGAUAUUUUUGCUUUGUUUGAUCGGAACGCCGCAGCUGGAGGGCAGCGAGGCGGGCAGGCCGGAUGAGCUGCAUAUUGGCGGCAUAUUUCCAAUUGCCGGCAAAGGAGGAUGGCAGGGUGGGCAGGCGUGCAUGCCGGCCGCAAGACUGGCAUUGGAUGAUGUCAACAAGGAGCCAAAUCUUCUGCCCGGCUUCAAGCUCAUCCUGCACAGCAAUGACAGCGAGUGCGAACCGGGUUUGGGCGCCAGUGUGAUGUACAAUCUAUUAUAUAAUAAGCCGCAAAAGCUGAUGCUCUUGGCGGGCUGCAGCACUGUCUGCACCACCGUUGCGGAGGCGGCCAAAAUGUGGAAUCUAAUUGUGCUCUGUUAUGGCGCUUCAAGUCCUGCUUUAUCCGAUCGCAAACGUUUUCCAACACUGUUUCGCACCCAUCCCUCGGCCACGGUGCACAAUCCAACGCGCAUCAAACUGAUGAAAAAAUUCGGCUGGUCACGCGUUGCCAUUCUACAGCAAGCCGAAGAGGUAUUCAUAUCGACCGUGGAGGAUCUUGAGAAUCGCUGCAUGGAAGCUGGCGUCGAAAUCGUAACUAGACAAUCAUUUCUAUCCGAUCCAACAGACGCCGUACGCAAUUUAAGACGCCAGGAUGCCCGCAUCAUUGUGGGCCUCUUCUAUGUGGUGGCAGCAAGACGUGUUCUCUGCGAGAUGUACAAACAGCAGCUCUACGGGCGUGCUCAUGUCUGGUUCUUUAUAGGCUGGUAUGAGGACAACUGGUAUGAGGCAAAUCUGGAGAAUGAGGGCAUCACGUGCACAGUGGAGCAAAUGCGCAUUGCUGCCGAGGGACAUCUAACAACCGAGGCUUUAAUGUGGAAUCAAAACAAUCAGACAACAAUAUCGGGCAUGACCGCUGAAGAGUUUCGACAUCGACUGAAUCAUGCGCUAAUCGAAGAAGGCUACGACAUAAAUCACGAUCGCUAUCCGGAGGGCUAUCAGGAGGCACCGCUGGCCUAUGAUGCUGUCUGGAGUGUGGCAUUGGCCUUCAACAAGACAAUGGAACGCUUAACAACCAGAAAGAAAUCGUUGCGAGAUUUUACGUAUACAGACAAGGAAAUUGCCGACGACAUAUAUUCGGCAAUGAAUUCGACACAGUUCUUGGGCGUCUCUGGCGUGGUGGCAUUCAGCUCUCAGGGCGAUCGAAUUGCGCUUACACAAAUCGAGCAGAUGGUGAAUGGAAAAUACGAGAAGUUAGGCUAUUACGAUACACAGCUGGACAAUCUAACUUGGCUAAAUACGGAGCAAUGGAUAGGCGGCAAGGUGCCUCAGGAUCGCACAAUUGUUACCCAUGUCCUAAGAACGGUCUCAUUGCCGCUAUUUGUUUGCAUGUGCACCAUCUCCUGUUGCGGCAUCUUUGUGGCCUUUGCUCUGAUCAUCUUUAAUAUAUGGAAUAAGCAUAGAAGAGUAAUACAAUCCUCGCAUCCAGUUUGCAAUACGAUCAUGCUGUUUGGCGUUAUCAUCUGCCUUAUAUCAGUCAUAUUACUGGGCAUGGACGGACGCUUUGUCAGUCCGGAUGAAUAUCCUAAGAUCUGUCAAGCUCGUGCUUGGCUAUUAUCCACCGGUUUUACAUUAGCAUAUGGUGCUAUGUUCAGCAAAGUCUGGCGUGUGCAUCGAUUUACAACAAAAGCGAAAACUGACCCAAAGAAAAAAGUGGAACCUUGGAAGCUAUACACCAUGGUUUCGGGGCUCUUAUCAAUAGAUUUAGUGAUAUUAUUGUGUUGGCAGAUCUUUGAUCCGCUGCAGCGUAUACUUGAAACAUUCCCACUCGAAGAUCCAGUAUCUACAACUGAUGAUAUUAAAAUACGUCCAGAGCUUGAGCAUUGCGAAAGUGAACGCAAUUCUAUGUGGUUAGGACUUGUUUAUGGCGUGAAGGGUCUUAUAUUGGUAUUUGGUCUGUUCUUGGCCUAUGAGACACGUUCGAUCAAAGUGAAACAGAUAAAUGACUCACGCUAUGUGGGCAUGAGCAUCUAUAAUGUGGUCGUGCUCUGCCUGAUUACAGCGCCAGUUGGCAUGGUCAUUGCAUCGCAGCAGGACGCAUCAUUCGCCUUUGUUGCACUAGCUGUGAUAUUCUGUUGUUUCCUAAGCAUGCUGCUGAUAUUUGUGCCAAAGGUCAUUGAGGUCAUACGACAUCCAAAAGAUAAAGCCGAAUCCAAGUAUAAUCCAGACUCGGCCAUAUCCAAAGAGGAUGAGGAACGCUAUCAAAAACUAGUAACCGAAAACGAGGAACUACAACGAUUGAUAACACAGAAAGAGGAAAAGAUACGAGUAUUACGGCAACGGCUUGUCGAGCGGGACGUGAAUACGAAGGGCACAGAACUGAAUGGGGCAUCUGGUCCCGGAAUCGGAGCUGGCGGUGCCAAUGGUAACGGUAACGGUAACGGCAAUGGCGGCACAGCAACAACCUCGCUGGCAAUCCAGCCACUGGCUACAAACAUCAUCAGCACAGCUGCCUCAGCGCAUCCCACGCCCGCAGCCACACUCGCAAUCACACAAGAUACUCAUGAGCACCGUACAUGAAAAAACUUGUCAAUUUCCUUUGCGUGAUAGGUGAAUUAUACAAAUGAAAAAUUGAGGAAGCUAAACGAUAACUUAAUAUAUGUGUAUGUAACUUAAUGAACUUUGUAUCAACUUUAAGCUGAGCUAAAUAUAUAUAUGUAUACAUAAAUAUAUAUUCAGAGAAUUGGUAGCAGCAAUUUUGUAGAAUAAUUGAAAUAUGUAUUGUACCUUAAACGUGUUUAGCAAGUACUUAAAUCGAAAUAUACUUCUAAAUUACAACAAUUAAUUAACGACAUUAGAAUGUGAACUAAGCAAAAUUGUUAGGCUUUAAAGUUGAACACAAACCACAAACAUAGUCAAGUCAUUUAACUAGAAACAAAAAYAAAACAAAACAAAUGCAAAAUAAUUCUAAGCGAAAUCAUGUUAAAGUUAAUGUAAUUUUUAAAUGAAAACAAAUUGUUGUGUUAGUACAUAUGUUUCUUGUAUAACGAGUAAUUUACCCCAUGAACCUUUUUUGCUCAGUGCACUGUCUCCUAGAGCUACAAACACACACGUCCACAUGCACAGAUACUCCAUGCACACACAUAUAUACAUGCAUUGAAUUUUCCCAAGGCGGCCUUUUCCCAUAUUUCAUCAUUUUCUGUUUGUGUGAAGGACUUACAGUCCUGGACUCCUAUAGACUCCAGUACCCAAAUACUAUCACAAAGUUUUGGCCUAUGAAACUCGUAGUCCUAAGUUAGUAUUAGUAUUUAUUGUAUAGAGUUGGUGUGUGUACGUGUGUGUAUAAAUAUUUUUCGUUGUUUCCUUUAUUUUGGGGGCCUGUCCAAAAAAAUUCUUGUACUGUUAAUUAUUAUUGCACGCGAAGUAAAAUGUUUUUAAAAUAGCUUAAAUUUUCUGUCUGAGUCGUAAGUAGCACAAAAGUAA